CAAUGUGAAAUUUCCCUUUUGUGGAUUGUGUGCUGGGGAGACUGGAUGUGUAUCCAUGCCCCGUCCUGACCUAGCACCCCACCCCCCAGUAUCACAGACAGAGCAGCACACAGCCGCGCGCAUCCCCUUCGCUCGCGAUGGCAGAGGAGUCGCACGCAAACGGGGGCGGAACGGGUCGGUCCAAAGACGCGAACCUGGGCUCCUCGCUAGAACUGGGCACGUCCCUUGACCAGAGUGUGCAAACCCGAAUAUUUAAAAUUAUUGUCAUCGGGGACUCUAAUGUGGGGAAAACGUGUCUAACCUUUCGCUUCACCGGAGGAAGCUUCCCGGGGAAAACGGAGGCGACGAUCGGCGUGGAUUUCAGGGAAAAAGCCGUGGAGAUAGAGGGCGAAAAAAUUAAGGUGCAAGUGUGGGACACGGCCGGCCAGGAGCGCUUCCGCAAGAGCAUGGUGGAGCACUACUACCGCAACGUGCACGCCGUGGUCUUUGUUUACGACGUGACCAAGAUGUCUUCCUUCCAGAACCUGAAGACCUGGAUACAGGAGUGCAACGGGCACCGCGUCUCGCCCUCCGUCCCCAGGGUCCUGGUGGGCAACAAGUGUGACCUGCUCGACCAGAUCCAGGUGCCUUCCAACGUGGCUCUCAAGUUCGCCGAUUCCCAGAACAUGCUGCUCUUCGAGACAUCCGCAAAGGAUCCCAAGGAGAGCCAGAACGUGGACUCCAUCUUCAUGUGUCUGGCUUGUCGACUUAAGGCCCAGAAGUCCCUCCUCUACAGGGAUGUGGAGAGAGAGGACGGCAGAUUAAAGCUCUCCCAGGAACCCAACCCCAGGAACACCUGCCCGUGCUGAGGGGACCCCAAAGUCCGUCUUCUCUUGGUCGAGAAUCUCGUGUACUACGAAAGACGUGAAGAAACAAAUUAGCAUAAAGAUCUCCUUCAAAAGAGCGUGCCUGCGACUGGUCCUCCUUCUCCUUGUGAUGACUUCUAACUCGCCUGUGUCUUCAGCCCCCCUCUGUCCUGCUCUCAAUCUGUCAGUCUCCUUUUGGCCGUUUAACUUCUGCUGUUAAUCUCCUCCUGCCCUAGCAAACCGACGUAUGAUCGUACUGCCUCUUCCUCUGUUUGUGGCCUUUCGACGAAAAAAAAGACACUGACUACUGUGUUCGUGGGCUGAGAAGUCGACUGUAUUAUCGAUAGGAAACCGGUACUGAAUUCAGUAUGUGACCAUCUCUCUGCCAAAUGUAUUGCCUGUGAUUUUUUUUUUUUUAAUUUUAAAAACUAAAUGAAAAAUUAUUGCAGUCACAACAAAAUAUCAGCCCAGACUCCCAGGAGUGAAACUGUGCUGCAGGGGUAUAAAACAGUAUUUCAGCAGUGCAGGAACAUUGUGCGGUGUGAAAACUCACCAUCACAGCUAAUAUUCAGAUCCAGCCUUCUGUGGGGGAGGGGGGGGGGGAGCAAUUUAGGGAUGUCAAAGGUGCAGUGUAGCUGGCCGCCAAAUAUAUGACUUUUGGGGAGAUAUUACUUCUGUAAGUAUGGUUUCGCUAUCACACAUUUCAGCUAUGCAGUGACCAGUGUUACACUGCAUCCCAAAGCUGCCAAAUACUCCUGCCGAAGAUCUCCCACCCUGCAGAGUUUAGGCGCAGCCUUAAUUUAACACACCUGGUAGAGAUAAUUCAGGUGCAGCUCAGCAUUAGAGGCAGUUAUAUUGAACCUAAGCUGGCUGUAAUACUGAGACAUUAGUGAAGGGCCUGGUUAUCUGUAUCAGGUGUGUUAAAUAAGCUGUGCCCAAACUCUGCAGGGUGGUACAUCUGCACGAGGAGAACUGGGUGACCCUGCUCUAGCCAUCAUACAGCUGAAUGAGUAGGUGAAGCUCCACAGCAAACCGAAGGGAAAAACCCAGGAUGGGGCGCCAACCCAUUGCGGGGUACACUCACACACCAGUCACUCACACACCAGUCACUCACACACCAUUCUCACCUAUGGGCAUUUUAGUAACUCCAGAUAACCUCAGCAUGUGUUUGGACUGUGGGGGGAAACCGGAGCACCUGGAAGAAACCACACAGCUACACAGGGAGAACAUGCAGGCUCCACACACAUGGUGUCAUACAGGAGGCUCGAACCCUGGUCCCAGAGUUGUGAGGCGACAGUGAAUCCCCAUCUUCUUUCAGUCAUGCUAAAUUAAUGCUGAAAAAGUUACAUGUUUUGUUAAAGCUCCGCCGUCCUGCGUUGAUCCCCUCCGUUGUUUUCAUAAUCAGCUUUUCCGUAGCCGAAACCGACUAACGACUGAAAAUAGAACCCGGUGCCUGAAUGUCUCGCCUUUUCGGAGAGUUUCCACGUUAAUGUUAACAUCCGGUUCCGCGUCAGCGUGUCGUUAGCACAGCCUGCUUGUUCUUCACGUGGCUGCCCAGACUGUGACAUCACUCAGGUUGGGGGAGGUCCGGUAGUGCGGAAACAUGUUCUGUCCUGACACAGGAAGUCUUACCUGUGCUGUAACUGACUCAGAGAGACCUGUCAGUUGAAUCAGCCUUUGCAGUAUCACAAGCAAUAACACACAACAGGCAUAAAUCUCCAUCCAUCCAUCCACCAACUGCCUAUCCUGGACUGGCUGGUAGGAAAGAGAGAGUUCUUCUGUAGUAGCCUUCCAGCAUGUCUGGCGCCUAUAGGUAACAAUCCCCAUUCUGCUUCUGACAUGAGUAUUAAGGGAUGGGUUCUUAGGUGAGGUGUGUAAGUAUUAUGGGUUGACGAAUAUAUAUAUGUUUUUCAUUAUGCUGUGACUGCAGGCCUUGGGGGUUUUGCUCGUCUGUAAAUUUUUGAGGGGUUUUGCCCUUCCUCAGAGACUCUCAUCUUCGGCAACAUGCCCACUGUCAGCUGUCCAUCUCCUGCAGUACAGGAACGAUUUGACUGCAUUCGCCUUGUUUAGGUAGUUCAGUCAACCAGCCCAGUGACCUGAAACACACUCAUCUCAUUUGAUUAAUCUUCCAGUGAUGCCCUUAGAUGCACUCGAAUUACAUCCAAUGGCGUGCUAGUCUCUAAUGACUGACGUUUCACAUUUGUGUCACUGACAGUAUUUACUGUGCUGUUUGGUGCAGCUGUGCUAUCUGACCUUGUGAAACAAUCUGAUGGCAAAUGGAUGGUUUGGUUUUCAGUAAAUUUGCAUCGACUUUGGACAAGCUGACAUUGACCAUCAUUAUCACUGAGACUGACAGUUCAGUGUUGCUGCAUAUCUGUUGCUAGCGUUUUAGGUAACUAAGAUUGUAUUAGGCAACAGUGGCUGGACAUUCUCCCUGUGACAUUUGGGUUUCCUCCCGCUGCUCCAGUUUCCCCCUGCAGUCAAAAGAUAUAUUUAAGCUAAUUGACAUCUCUACACCUAUCUGUAAUGUGUGUGUGUGUCUGUGUGUUUGUGGAUUAGGUUAAUAUUACAUUGUGGGGAGCAAAUGUCCCUCACAAUGUAAUAAAAAUCUGUUAUUUUGACAUCGUGGAGACCAUUUUUCAGGUCCCCACAAAUAUCUGUGAAUGUAAUCAAAAAACUGAAAAUGCCACAAGUCUCACAUGUUAAUUGGUUGCUUAUGGUUAAGGUUAGGGCUGAGUAGUGGUGAAGGAUGUCAUAGUUAGCAUUAGCAUUUUUCAUAUAGAAAUGAAUUAUCGGUCCCCUCAAAGAUAUGAUUACAGAUCUGUGUGUGUGUGUGUGUGUGUUGUUGUUGUUGUUGUUGUUGCCCUGCAGUGGACUGGCAUCCCAUCCGGAGUCCACUCCUGCCUUUCUGCUAGGGAUGGGCUCCACGGCCCUGUGAACCUGGCCAGGGUAAGUGGUUCGAAGUUGGAUGGAGAUUCCUGCAUGAUGCCUGAGAACAGGCAGCCAUAUUGGUUACUUAAUGGAUGAUGAAGGUCUUUGUGUGUUUUUCAGAAAGAUUUUCUGUAAAUGGUAUAUCCUCGGUAAAAAAAAUGCUUUAUUUGUGGUGACAUAAGGCUUCUCGACAUUAGCUGUUCAAUAAGUGUGAGCCAUCGGUUUGAGCUGUUUAAACGUGACGCGUAUAUUCUGCCACAGUGUUAACCCAGUAGAUCGGAAAUCUUGUAAAAACCUACACUCAGAUCAAAUCAGAACAUUCCUGUCCAGUGUUCUCAUCCUGUUUGGAAAUCCAUAAAGGUGCUGGAUUUGAUACAGGUCUCCCCUUGCAUACUGAGGCUUUUACACCCUGACUAAUUUCAUGCUUUAACGGGACAAUUGUGAAACACUCAUGAGUAACAGAACUUGUAUGCUUUGAAAAUAAAGCAAAUAAACUGUG